AUGGUCAUAAAAUCGCAUCGCCUUUUUAUUGGAAAUAUCCCUGCGGGAACUAAAGAAGCAGAGUUGAGAGCUGAAUUCACUGCUUAUGGAACAGUUGAAGCUAUAGAAAUUAAAACCAAAGCUAAUCCUCUCAAUGAGUCAAUCGACACGUUUGGAUUCAUCACGCUUCAGACCGACGAUUAUGUUGUGCCCCAAUGCAUUCAAGAGUUCAAAACACAAAAGUACAAAGGUGUGUAUUUGAAUGUUUCAAAGGCUAAAGAAUCUUUUUUAGAUAAAUUGAAACGAGAAAGAGAGGAAGCGGAGUCACAGAAGAAAAAUACCUCGCUAUCCAAUUUUGACAAAAAGUCGGCGGAAAAAAGUAGCCAGAAUGAGAACAAAUCUCUGCCCGCGUUGCCGACCUUGUGGAAUAAAAACGAUGAUGAUUCGUCGGAGAGCUCGGAAUCGGACUCGGAGAGCGAACAUGAUUUACCGGCAACUGAUAACAAACAAAAUACCAAUUUCUCCCAAGACUCUCGAAGAGGUCAACUACAAUUGGCUAAAUCUGAAAGUGAAAUUGUUAAGAAAUGGAAUCAAGAAACGUACAUUGAGUAUGGAAAAUUAAAAAUUGUUCCCAUAACUGGCAAAGUAGCAGAAAUUAUCGAUCGAACGAAAUGCUAUCAAAACCGUAUAGAGGGAAAAUCUCUUGGUGAAAACGCUCGCAUAGCGGACGAAAAACGAAAGCAGGGCUUGAACAAACUAAAAUCGGUCUACGAACAGCAGAAAUUGGCCAUUAAAAAUGCUCUCGCCGGUGAGCUGCCCAAUGAUAAGAGAAAGAUUACGUUUGACAAUGAGGAUACUCAAGAAGAGGAGUCAAAUAAGCUUGUCCUGUUUGAUGCACAAGAAGAAGACGAUGACUUCGAAGGUAACUUCACCAUGCGCAAGCAGUUGGGUGGAGAAGCAGGCCAAAAGUUGUUUGAAAUGCAAACGACUUAUCAAGCAGACAAUCGAUUUCGUUUGGAUGCACGGUUCUUGGAGAGUAAUCAAAACAUGAAUGAACCUCCAAAUCCUCAAUCAAAAAUGAAGGAUAAGGAACGAAGGAAACAGUUGGAAAUUCUCUCCAACGUCACAGGCAAACCAAUCAUUGCAGAAAGAAAUGUUGAUAGUAAAAACACUUCGCAAAUGCAACGAUUUGAUCCCGUUCAAAAAGAAGAAAUUGAUAAUGAUCCCGAACCGCAAAAAAAUACAAAGCUGCCGAAUAACAAAAGAGCAGAACGUCGAGAAAUUGAUUAUAAAGUUUCUGAGCAAAAGUUUUACACUGUAUCGGAUACCUUUACAAUGAAGGUCGGGAAACAGGAGUCCAGUCAAGGAUUCAGUUUAAUUUCGAUGUUUGGUAAAACUCCUGAAAAUAAUGUUCACAAUAAGAAACAAGAAAACACCACUGAAAAACCCUUGGGAGACAAACCGUUUAAAAGCGAUGCACGGUUUCAAUAUGAGUCAUCGGACAGUGAAGAUGGCGAUAGCAGUGAUAAGCGGAAGAAGCAAAAUAAUUUGAAUUGCAAAACCGCAGACGAUAGAAAUGCACGAGGCGGUAAAAAGGCACGAACCGAAAACGUUGAGCAGAAGUCUUCCGGAUACUAUUCGAAACAAGGAAUAUGGAAAGAAACUUUUUUUUUCCUUCCCAAGGAUUCACGAUUUGACGCUGGAAGAAUGUUCCUCGGGUUUGGAGUUGCUAUUGAAAAUGAGGAAAAAUCAAAUGAAACUGAAAAAACGACUAUAAGUUUAACCGUGAAUGAUGUACAUGAUAUUAGGAAACUCUACAAGAAACGCCGAUAUCGCGAAAGCCGACUCGUUCAAAAGAAAACUAAAAUUGGCAUUGCGCGUAUAAACCGCAAACCUAGAAUGAAAUGAAACGGUUUAAGCAAACUAGCUUAAUUGUAUUAGA